UGUCGUCCUUGAGCAGUGAACACACGCUCGUAGUCACUGCGCUAUAAAUCACACAAAACCUAAGGACUUCUUCUCACUGACUUCUGUCAACUUCAUUGGCUAAAUAAACGAGAUGUUGGGAUGGAUAUGGCAGAUGGUUAACUAACCCUUUCGUGUCCCAGACGCACUGCUUUGGUGGCGAUGCUUUGCAGUUUGCACUGGAGGUGUCCUGCAUCAUUCAUCUGUUCAAUCAAAUCGUGCUGUAACCCGCCAACAUCCAGGAGCCUUCCAUGGAUAGAUCCACACUUACCCAACAGGUGGAGAGCGUUGAGCGUAAUGUAGCAUUUUUGCAGCAGGAACACCAGAUCCUCCUUAGCGGUCUACGGCUAGAUAUCCGCAACCUGAAGAAACGAUGCAAUGAGCUGAGUUGUGAACUAAGUGAAAGACCACCAGUAAGAAGCCGAGAAGAUAUCGAACUGGAGGAAGAGCUUCUGCAGGCACGAUUACUAGAGACAGAGCAGCAUCUGGCUGAGCAGGAAAGCACGCUGGUGGAGCUGCGGGCGGAGCUACGGAAAAAGGGGGCACUUGCGAGCGCACUGCAGGUUCGACUUCGAGAUGAAGAGCGGCGAUUCCUAGAGGAGCUAAAACGACGCAGUCAUAAGAUUACAACGUUGAGUCGUGACCUCCGCAAGCAGACUGACCUGGCCGCUCAGCUGUCCUUCCAACUGCAUUCAGCACAAUUUCGAUUGUAUCACCAGGCAGAAGACUACGAGGAAGAGGAUGAAGAAGAAGAGGAUGAAGGAGGCACCAUGCAGGAAUCAGAAUGGACUGCAAAAUCUCCAGUAACGGCGGAAAGUCCACGUCAAAGCCGAGCUUCAGGAAGGGUGCGGAGAUCAGAAAGAGUGAGGGAAUGCGUGCCCCGCGAAAGGGUGCUUGGGCCCCAAGAGGCGCGCCCCAUGCCUGACCCCGCCCUUUUCCUUUAUCCUUUCAAACAUAGGCUCCUCCCCUUGCACAGGUCACUUGGAGGUCACUGGAGAGAAGGUGGCCUUUCAAGGAUGCCAGAAGCUCGAAUAGGUAGAUUCAGAGAACGACCACUGAGGGAGGAAAUUGGACCAGAGACAACUGAGUUAUAAAGGGCAACAGUGCCCUUGGUUCUGGAGGGAUUUUUCCAAUUCAUUUUUCCUAUAGUUUUUUAAAGGUGCUGUAUGCUAUUUUUUUCACUGUACUAAAGCGUAAAAAUACCAUAAUAUGUUUGCAGGUAUGUAGGAAACAUGCUAAGUUCACGUACUUGUUCCUCCAAAAAACAAAGCUACAGCCAGUUAUUCUGCUUUGAAAUGUGUGUUCCGUGUCGGAAUGUCUGUUUUUAUUUUGUUCUGUGUGAUUCCGCCCACUGCUAAUUUACCCAAUAGUAUUUAGACACACUGGGUUGCCAGUUAGCGGAAAACUUAGCAGUAUUGCAGCCAUGGAAGCGAGCAAACAAACUGGGUCAGAGAUCACAGAUUCUACCCGACCUAAAAAGCCUCGGCAUCCAAGCUCUAUGAACAGAGGCUUAUUAAAACAUAGAUAAGUCAACUCAUCAAUUUACAGUGUAAGGAUCAUUUCCCUCCAUUAUCAAUUGUGCUCAUUCCUGUUUCGUGUCCUCAAUCUGGCAACCUGCAAUCUUUUGAAUUUGGACCGCAGUACCCAUGUCAACUGCUAGCUGUCAAUAUCACAUACUGCACCUUUAAAAAGUCUUUGUUUAAGAGAUAUAAUAAGCCAUGAGCCAAACCAACCAACUUUGAGGUGAAUCACAAACAUUACAAAAUUAGAUUUUAAGCAAAGAAAGUGUUUGAAAAUCAGAUAAACACAAUGAUACAAAAGUGAAAGAAAUGUAUUCUCAUGAAGCAUUGCAAAUGUCAUAAUCAAAAUUAAAAAUUAUGUAGAAAACUCACUCUGCAUCAUUCACAGUACUUCUUGGGAGUGGGCUUGUCGCAAUUCUGAUUGGUGGACUCUGAUUCUCUAAAUGUUGACUCGUGGGUAAUGUAGUUUUUCACCAGGAAUUCUGAAAUUAUAAAUUAUAAUUAGAAAACAAGUUUAAAUAAUGUGGGCUGGUGGCUUCGAUGGCUCGAUUAGCAACCUCAUAGCUUAAAGUAGGUCUGUCUUUAAAGGUUUUUAUGUUAUUGUUGAAAAUCCAUUCCCCUAUGGAGAAAGUGAAUGGGAUUUUGACUUCCAGAACCUGAUUGUUGCAUUCUAGAAACUUCCUGGCUUGAAUGAUUCAAAGUUGUAAGGAAAGUUACAGAGUAACUCUGAGUUACAAAGCACCUGAAACCUACAUAGUGAUGUCCCUUUUUGAAAUGUGUCUUCUUUGUAGAACCUAGAACACUCUAUAAACGAGUUUUCACUUUCCAUGCAGUCAUCAUUUGUGUCAAUUAAGUGAAUUAUUCUUAUCACAUUAGACACACUUUAGAAGAACAGGGAGGGCAGAUGCAGGCAAACAGGUGUAUUAUAUUGCUUUUGUGUUUUUGGUCUCUCUGUCUCUAUUGGAAAAGAGCUUUAUGAUGUAUUGAAAUAUAUAUGAAGUGAAACAUGGUUUAUUUAUUAAAUACUACAAAAAUUGUUUGUA